GAUGCACAAAUGAACGUGAAAACUGAUGUAGCUGGUAUCUGGCUUAAUGAGAGAUUGAUGGGUAAACAUGGCGUCAAACUCGAAAAGACUGUGAUGCACUUCGUAAAGGACAGAGAGCGGUAAAUUGUUGUCUUUUGUUUGAGCUCUUUCUCAAUUGUAGUAACUUUUCACCAGAAAACAAUUGAUCAGUCACAUCGUCUUUCUGGAAACUUGGCCAAAAUAAGGAAGGAUCGGAAGAUUGUUUAAGAUACCGAAUAUGUAGUUGUAUCUUGAUGUCUUGCGAGUUGGAGCACCGUUGUCAACCUUGGAUCAGCAUUGUCAGCGUUUCUGGAGCAUGCUGACGUAUCAGGUUAAUCCAAUUAACAGUUGACGUUUCACAGCUACAUCUUUCACUGGGAAUGGAUGACCAUAGCCCAGAGGAUAUCACAUGCGGUGAUGACAGUUCAGUAGGAGGGCCUAUACGUCACCAUAGUAAAGUCAAUCACCCUUCCCCAAUGGAUGGUGCGGGUGAUGAUGAUGGCCACACUGUGGGUAAUACCAGUGACCAUCCUGUGAUAUCAGUGGACAAUAAUGGGGAACCAGAGCUGGACCAAGCCAAAGAAUCAACUCAACUACCCCACAGGGAGGAGCCAGAACAUCUCUUGCCAGACAGCAUCAUGCCCACCCACAUAACCCGCUGUGACAGUGCCUGUGUGCAAAACAAUGCAACCCACGAGAGACAGAAAUCCGGCGAAAUUGCCCAGGAAAAGCAACACCCAUGCUCAACCAGUGAAAACUCAUUCGCUAAGGUCCCUGAUCACGCUGGACUGAAUGUCUCGCCAUGUGGGGACUGCUGCAAAGAGGAUGGAAAAGGAAAGGAUUCAAUAACUGCAGGAGACCGUCCUGGGGACCAAAAAUACAGUGUGGAGCAUUUACUGCAGCCGUCUCCAAACAACAGUGGACAGAGUAAAGGACUCCACUGUGAAGACUCAGAGAAUCAUCCAGGGUGUGGGUCAAAAACGAAACAUCCUGUUGCUUUGGAGAAGCAUAACUUCUGUCGAACCAAGGGAUACCGUUUUGCCUUACUGUCAAAAUCCCAGGCAUCAGGUGCUGAUGUAAGGGAGAGAAAUGCACAGUUCACAGCAGAGGGCUCCGAAUCAGAAAUGAUACCAUGUUCCACUGUUAAUACCUCCCCAGACCAGUAUCAGAUAGAUGUUGUCUCACAUACGCCUGUAGGUGCUGAGACUGUUCCAAGCAGCGUCAAUGCUUCAACUCAAGAAAACACAAUAUGCAGCUCUGGACAUGCAUCCCCAGCAGUUGAAAAUGCAACCCAAGGCAAAGGCCUCACUUACCAAGCUGGAGAAGCUGAAGAAUUGGAGAAUGAUUCCUAUAUACACACGGACGAUAGUUCCAGAGACCGAGAGAUGAAAGCAGAGUAUGAAGGUGGGAACUCACAGGAUCCCACUUCAUCACUGUGUGAAAAAGAUCUCAGUGAAACAGAAGCUGUGAAUCAACUGAGGCCUGGGGUGAAAAUUAAAGUGAGAAAUUCCCCAAGAGAAGAAAUAAGCUCACUGUGUGAUUCAGCCUCAGAUUUUGUUGGUGCAGCUGUGAAGCAGGAGCCAAUUGACACAAGGACCAUCAUCAGUCCAGGGACUAGGCGUAUCAGUCCUGGAAGGCUCAGCACCAGCCCAGGGUCAAAACGUUUGCGGCCACGGAACUCUCCAAAACAGUUCACAGGGAAGCCUGUUAAUUUUGUGAGCAUGGAGGGGAAGCGGCUGGAGACCCUGCUUCGGCCGAAAGCCAAGAGAAAGAGAGUCUCAAGCAUAGGGACAAAAGAGCCAACCCCCUCUCCCCAACAGGAGCAGCCCAGUCCAACAGCUCCACUUGAAGAAUCUAAUGGAAGCGAGAGCCCUCAGGCCAACAAUGACAGUGACAGCUCAAAAUCAAGGAAGGGCAAAAAAAGUGGCCAGCCAGUCCUAGUUUUCCACCAGGUCAUUCCACCAAGACCUAGGGCACCCUUGCGGGAAGAGACGCCACCCGAAAGUUCCAGUGGGUUGAUCAGUUCCAUGUUAAGAAAUAUUGCUGAGCAAAUCCAAGAACCCAACACCGGGGACCAAACAACUACACAACAGAACACUGACGCAGACAAUAGGGACUUGCAGCAUCAAGCCCCUCUUCAGCAAGUGCCUCCUAAUACUCACAGACCUCAAAUCAGUGCACCUGUGCAGCCAGGCUUCCGCCGCCGGCCGCAAUUAAGGUUCAGUGACUACAGCAACUGGUUCACAAGUCAAAACUAUCUAUCCAGACAGGGCCCUAAUAAGCAGCCAGAAGAAUCUGGCUUUCUGGCAUGGAAGCGGGCGAAAAGAACAGAUGAAGCACUCUCUGAUCAGCAGAGACAGCCCUCCUGGACAAACUGGCCAACUAAUGCUGAAGAUAGAAUCAGUGCCAGCCACGGAAUUCAUCCAAUUGGAGCAGCCCUCAGCCAGGUUGGUGGAAGUUCAGUGCGAGAACUUUUGCAGCGGACCAAUGAGCCGGGGCCCUCGGGGGCUGGAAUGAGCAGGCUUGCAGAGGCUCUCAGGCCAGGUGGAAAUAGAGUUGGCAGUGGGGUUGGUGUGGUUCCGACCGCAACUGUAGCUGGUGUUGUGGGCUCAUCCAACUUCUCGUUCAGUCACGGCCAGCAAGAUAUACUGCGUCAGUAUCUGACAUCCCAUGUUGAGCUGCCAACAUCCACUUGCCAAAGUAUCACCAGUUCAACCAUCCCGACUUCUGUGAUGGAUACCCAGCCUGUCAUGACCACCCAGGCACACGUGGAGGACUGUCCUCCGCCCCGUCAGGUCCGAUCCUUCCGCUGGCCUCAAUCAAGCCACUUCCAUCAGCCUGACCAUCCAAAUCCCACCAGGAAGCGUGUCAGACUCGUCUCGGAUGAGAGUCGCCACAGCCCACCAACCACCCUCAAUGAUGACGUCAGCUCUAAUCAUUCGACAGAAUCCAGCAGCUCACACCGGACAGUGCCCUCAAUCAACCGGGAUCAGCAGACAGCCCCUAUGGCCGAGCCGCCUGACAUCAAACCGGAUAUUAAAACACUUGCAGGGUACAAGCAACCUGGUGCAAGCAGUACCAAUCCCAGGCAGUCUGACUCCAGCUCCAGCAAGUCAAACUUUAACACAGACUCUUUAAUCCGUCACUUAUUGGUGCAGGGAACCUCCUCCGCUAACAGCAUUCCUUGGGAGCAGAGAAUGCAAGCUUCCGCGUCUACCUGUAGUGAUGACCAUCAGAUACACGUACCUACCAUGGCGCAUGACGUGCCUGCCGCAGAUCCCACACUGCAGCCAGGCAGCAGCUCAGGGACAGAGGAGGAGACAAAGUCCGGGGUCCCUGUCAAACGGGACUCCUACACUCGCUUGGAUCUAGACACCGGCCAGACGCAGACCACCAGCUACACCUGCGAGCACUGUGAUGUCAUCUUCAGUGACAGCGUCAUGUACAUCUUGCACAUGGGUUGCCACGGCCGACGGAGUGCGUUUGAGUGUAACCAGUGUGGCGCGGUGUUCCGGGACAAGUACGAGUUCACAAUACACUUCAUUCAAGGGGAGCAUAGCCCAAAGUAAUGUAAUUUUUUUAUAUAAAAUUGAUGUACAUGUAUUUUGAGCCAUGUUGAAAACUGGAUAACGAGUACAGAAUCAAGUUUGAGUAAACUGAAAUAUAAAGACUUUUUUAAUAGUGGUAGUUUUGCUUCGAGAUGUGCGCGUAAAUUCAGUGUUUGUUUUUGCCCUUAACAAUAGUCUCUCAGAUAGCACUGAGCUCUUAUGAAAUUAUGUCGGUGGAAGGCAACACCGGAUAUUGAAUUAAAAAAACAUGAACAGGGCAAGUAAAAAAGAAAGCGACCUGGAUUAGCCCUGACAAUUCCCAUGCAGUCAACUACAACACCAGGGUUUGCCGAGUGUGAGUACUGCACUAGUAAAACUGAUUAUGCUUUACAUGGGGUUAGUUGUACCACCAUAAUUGUCCAAUAGUUUGUGUGUACAGUUUACCACAUGGUGUUGAAAUUUGCAGGGGUGAGGAUGGUUCGUAGUAAUUACUCAAGGGGGUUCGUGUUAAUGACUUGUUUCCUCUGAAAAAGCAUUUAAUUUUUCAUAUACAACUGAAGCGUGUAUUAAAUGAGCAUGUUCUUCCACUCAUUUUAUAAAGGAGAAAAAAACCCCCAAGGUUCAGUCAGGCAUUCUAGAGUUGCGCCGAACCAAGUUGAAGUCAAGAUUUGAAUUGAGUACAUGAAAAGUUCGACAUCUGAAACAAUUAGGAGCGACUAGACGUGCCAGAUGGCGAAAGAUCGACAGUUGAAGCCGUUCAGAACGACUCUAGAGCAUCUUGAUUUUAGACGUCGCACUAGUUGUAAGCCAAACUCAAUGCAAAUUCAUGUAAAUAAGUAGCCACCUUACGACAAACCACACAAGUACCCAUAAAUUAGGACUGUAGGCGAUGUCUUUAAGGCACAACACAGCGCAUACAAUUUAAAUUGUUUCUUUUUGCAGGAUCUAUCCUGUCAAACAGAAAAUGUUGACGUCGUGUCAAGGAGCAAAAGCUUAAAUGUACAUACCUCUGUUCCUAUAUAACACAAGAUAAUUUGUUUAAGUGAAAAACCGAGACUUCCAGUAUCCAUAUGGUACAGGCAUCGUGCAGUCUUAAAAAACAUGUUUGUACAUGACGUGACUUGCAAGAGAUAACGCGUGAGCGCACCUGGCUUGCUAGCUGUAUGGCUAGCUGUCCUUAAUACGUGCGCAGUACGCUCUGAAUAGUCAAUCAGCGUCGUUUUCUACCCGGCCAGGCGUUUAGUGAAGGAAUGCUUACGCAGCCCAUGCAUGCAACUUAACUACGCGCAAUGCCGGCUUUUUGCUUAGAUCUAGUGUUCGUUUGUUUGUACACUAUCCUCCAAAAUGUAUUAAGUUUGCCUGACUGAAACCAAUCUAUUUGGUCUGCGCAACUUUGGAAUGCAUGUCUGAACCGGGGGUUACAUGUAAUGAAAUUGAUCCAUGCUUUCAAAAGUCAUGCAUGAACCCACUUUUACUGCUGUCCACGGAAUGCUAAACACUUAAAGCUAUUUAGCUAAGUGAGAAUACAGGCAUUACAAAUUUUGUACACUUUAAUACAAACUUGAUCACGUGUUGGAAAUCGCCAGUAACAAAAAUUGUCUACUUGUACCACUGAACCGAAAGUGACUUACUUUUUUGGGGUGUUUUUUCUAAAGGUCCAACAAAUGUUUCUACAGCAAAGUUUUGCUCUUAAACGGAGUGAAUGUUCUACGCAGAUUGAAUUUUUUUAUAUAUUGAUUUAUAUAGUUUGCAUACAUUUUGAUAACUUUUACAGUAUGUAAAUAUUACUUUAUAAUAAUUAUAUGUUUGUACGUACAUGUAGCAGUUGCUGUCAAAAUUGUAUACAUUUUUGAAUGGGAGGUUUGCGGUAAUGCCAUGUGAAUGAUUUUUUUUGGGUGAGUUGUGUGUUUAUGAGAGGAAGCAGUUGGUUUAACUUGACGUUUCGAACAGUAUGCUCCAUUCGUCGUCAGGAGACUGCUGGACUCUUGUUGGUGUAAUACUUUAAGUAGUGGAUGCUGAGUUCAGUUGACCAUUAAGGCUGGAGAUACUGGAACAGGAUGCUAAGAUGCCGGGUAGGAUGCUAAAGUGAGCUGUGCGUGCUCACUGAAGCAUGUCAGAAGGAUAGUGCUACAAGCUCAGCUACAGGCAGAGUUGUAGUCGAGUACUUUCCGAGUACCAGGUUUACUUCCAGAUAUUAAGAUGGUUUUGGUAUGGAUAAGCUGCAUAAUACAGACAUUGGACAGUAAAUUCUUACCAAAAGACUUUGGACAAUCAGAAUCUUGUAAAAACUAAGCUUUUGAGACGAAAGCAUUCGAAAAGUACUCGCCGAGUACUUUCCGAGUACUUUUCGAGUGCUUCCGUCUCAAAAUUUGAAUUGAAAAUGUAUUUUUGAUAUAUCUGAAGUCUCAGGUUUAUUUGUUUUCAAACGCUAGCAACAUUUGCUAUCUACUGUCAAUGUUUCUCUCGCGUUGUUCACAAGAAAUAGCUCAAUAUUUAGUAGCAAACAAAGUACUCGGAAAGUACUCAACUACAUGAACAUCAAGCAGAGUGCCAUGGGUAGAGGGGACUCAUAGGCAAAAUGUCCAGUUAAAGGGACACUGCAUCCUGGACUGAGCCCAAUUGGGCUACAAAACGUGCUUUGAAUGAAAUGCUAUUAAUCGGAAAGAACUUUUAAAAGUAGGAUGUAAACAUCAACACAACUAGCAUUUAAAAACAGGGCGGUUUUGUGUUAUUCUUGUGUUAUGCGUGCGAGAACGACUUUCUGGGUCCACUCUUGGCGAGCCCAAAAAGUUGGGCUGUUCAUGCUAGUUGUGAUUCCAGCCAUAAAGUGUUCGCCUUUUGCGGACGUGUAAGAAACCACAUUUGUGCAUUGGUGCUGUGCGAAAUGUUAUGUGACAUACACAAGGUGUAUCGUGCAUGGACUGAAACGACAGGAAAAACAUAUGCGUACUCCGUCGUGUCCGAUGUAAACAAUCGGAUUGUUUGGUCUUUUCUUGCAAACGAAGUAGGUUGGUUUCCUUUCAACUAGAUGUUUGAAAUAGGAUAAGUAAACAAUCCAAAACAAGAAAACUUUGUGGAUUUCAGGAUGCAGUGCCCCUUUAAACCAACUGGUUCUUCAGAACCACACAACUCACAGAGAUAUCAUUCACAUGUUUGACCCCAAACCUCCCAUUCACUGAUCAUGUCCGCCAUGCAAGUCUCGUUUUAAUUUUUGUAAGGACUCUGUGCAACAUUGUCUAUUGUGGAUGGUUACGACUGGAUUUUUAUAUGUAAAAAUAUAUGUACAUGUGAAGUGCAUGCUGGUGUUUGUAAUCGGCCAAAAGUUAUGUACAUGUACAAUGUACAGUAAAACAGGGUGCAAUUUCAAUGAACAGCUCAGCUGAAUUUUUUUUCACGUUAGAAAAAUGGUACAAAUGUAGUUCUUUUUCUUAAUUGGUUAUUACUCUUUUUUGUAGGGGGGGGGGGAAGGCAUUGCCUUGAUUUCUCUUUCAUAUUAGUCUUGUGUGCUUCAUUGAAGAUAAAACUGUAUACAAUGUAGCUGUUUUAUUGUAUCCAUGAAUAUAAGAGUGUAUAUACUUGUAAGCAAAUUGACUGCAUUUGUGGCAACAUUUGAAAUUUGACUCUCUUUUGCUAUGAUCCAAGAAUGAUUAAUGGAAUGUAAGCCUGUCUGCUACUUUACAACUGAAUAGUGAGCAGACACUACUGUUAACAACACUACAUGGGGAUGCCCAUCUCUUAAAGGGAAUGUACACAUGUACAACAUUUGCUUUUGCUGUAAUUUUCAGAAAUAAAUGGAUUCGG